AUGACGACUACCUUAACUAAAACAGAAACAACUGCAUUUUUAAAUGAAUUAGAAGCUAUAUAUGAUGAACCUUCUGUAACGUAUAAAAUUCGUACAACAUCAAAAUGGGUUGCAAAGUCUUUCAAAGAGCGCAGUAUUUUGGAACGUCUAGCUUCGAUAGAUCUUGCUAGUCGAAAAUGUUAUCAAGUUCAACCUAAAAAUCCAAAUCCACCACCAAUACAUAAUAUUUGGCUUGAACGUUUAUGGUUAACUUGUACAAUAUCUCCAGCGCUCAUUAUUCAAGCUCUUUGGUAUCAUUUCAUACCGAAAGAUAACUAUUAUCAUACAUGGCAUCCUCUGUUUACAUUCAUUUUUUACUUUUUAGCCUUUCUUAUUUUUACUUUACAACUCGCUGGUCGUGCUCAUUAUUACAUGAAGCAUUAUGGAACAUUUGAUGAAGAGAACCGACCACGUGAUUAUGUUCCAGAUAAAUUAGUACCUCGAUUUAUUUUCAGUGUUCUUAUUUAUCUGCUAGCACGUACUGGUGGUGGUCUUAUUCUUGGUGGAUAUAAUCGUAAUGAACCACCAUCACUUGGUCGUACUAUUUCAUGGUUUUUUAUUAUUAAAAUUGGUUUAUGGUUAAUUGUUUUAGAUUUUUUCUUUUACAGUUAUCAUCGUGCAGUUCAUACUGUUCCAUUCUUAUGGAAAAUUCAUAGUUUACAUCAUUGUUCUAAACAUCCUACACCAAUACAAUCAAUUCUUGCUGGUGAUAUACAAGAUUUAAUUGAAAUUUUCUUAAUACCACUUAUUACUUCAUUAGUUCUUCCUUUAACAGCACAUGAAUUUUGGAUUGCUCAAUGCAUACUUAUUUAUACAGAAGCUGGAGGUCACUCGGGAAUACGUGCUUAUUUUCCACAUGUAAUUUUAUACGAAGUUCUUCUACCAUUUGAUAUGGAAUUGUGUAUUGAAGAUCAUGACAUACAUCAUCGAUAUGGUAAGAGUGGUAUGAACUAUGCUAAUUGUGUUUCACCAUACAUUUUUGCACCAUCUGGCGGUUGUGUUAAUGUUUUACUCGAUGUUAACAAUCGUGGUACCAUUGAUCAUAACUGUACUGCUUUAAAUUACUCAAGUUGUUCAGUUGGUAUUUGUAGUAAUGCACCUGGGAACCAAUUAGCCAACAAUAAUUAUGUUUGGACAGCUAGUAUUAAUGGACAAGUGGAUGGUGCUUUUUAUGGUGUUACGCUUCCGUUUAAUAUCACAAUUUAUGAUAUCACAACUAAUUUUGUUUAUGUUCUUUGUUUUGGUACAUGCGCUACUACUUACACUGAAACUGCUUUACCUACAACAGCAUUUAGUGGUGUAACAGUUCUUGCUUAUUGGGAUGAUUUAUACUUUUAUUCGAGCAUAUCACAAGGAAUUUAUUAUGGAACAGAAGGAAAUGCUCCCAAUCACACUCUUAUAUUUGAAUUUUAUAUGAGCCAUUUUAGUCAACCGUCUCAAUAUUAUCAUUUUCAAGUAGUUUUUUUCGAAGGAGUACCUGGUGUUGUUCAGUUCAAAUAUUAUGAUGCAAGUGAUGGAGGUGUUACUUGUACUAUCGGUGUACAAGCUUCAACGAGUGGUUCAUUCGUUCAGUAUUUGUUUGAUUUAGCUAACUCCGUUCAAUCACGUACGAUGCUUACAUUUGAUACCAAUCUUCGUACAUAUACAAAUUCAACUUUUUGA